AGCUGUUGUGUGGAGCGUGUCCGUAGUGCGUCGCGGACUGUCAGUCGGGGUACUGAGAAGUAACAAGCCGUAUUCAUGCGCGGAUGCGUAUGUCGCGUAGUGAAGUCAUCGUAGGUGCGUGCGUGAGUGCGUGCGGUGUACGUUAUGCGCGAAACUUGCGAGUGACGGAGCCGUAACUCUCUCCAGAAGGAAGAAAACCACGCAACGACCGACAAAGGCGCGGGGCUGACCCUCCCCACCCCGACCAGGAGGGGCGAGCUUGAAGAGGAGGGGAGACGUGCACCGGACCACCGCGGUCCAGUCCGCCGGCGGCACGCGACACGUGGUAACCAGUUCCCUCGGAGCCAUGUCCCGAGGGGGAGGGCCUGCAUAGUGCGUGCCUGCUGCCGGGGAUCCCUGCUUCGCGCGCCGAGGUCGCCAGGAGAGGUGAAGCCCCUUCGCUCUGCCUCUCAUUCAUGCGGCGAUCCUCGUCCUUAAAACAACUCCAGCUCGACCACCGCCGCAGGCUCCGUGCCUGAUCCGCCCUUGAACCACCUUCGACUCGGUGCUCGUCGCCGUCCAGGAAGAGGAGGACAUGUCGGCGCGGGACACCUCGACGUCGGCGGGCAAGGGCCGGUGCUGCCUGCGCGCCUCGGCGGCGUCGUCCACGGAGACGGUGGAGGCGGCGCCCGAGCAGCUGCUGGAGGCGGACCGCACCCGCCGCCAGCUGCUGCUGCACCAGAACAACAACACCGCGCCGUCCUUCCCGCGGCGCGGCGCCGUCGACCUCGAGUUCCGCCAGGUCACCUACAGCGCGCGCGUCUUCUCCAAGCAGAAGCUGCGCAUAGAACGCAAGCAGAUCCUGACCGGCCUGAGCGGCGAGUUCCGCGCCGGCGAGCUGACGGCCAUCAUGGGUCCGUCCGGCGCCGGCAAGUCGUCUCUGCUCAACAUCCUCGCCGGGUUCAAGCAGCGCGGGGCCGGCGGGCAGGUGCUGUACAACGGCGAGGCUCGGCGCCUGGGCAACUCGGAGCGCUUCUCGGCGCUCACGUGCUACAUCAUGCAGGACGACCACCUGCGCAGCGUGUUCACGGCGCGCGAGUCCAUGAACAUGGCGUCCAGCCUCAAGCUGGGCUGCGGCGUCUCGCCGGCCAGGAGGCAGGAGCAGGUCGAGGAGCUGCUGGAGAUGCUGGGGCUGACAGAGUGCCGCAACACGCGCUGCAGCCGGCUGUCCGGCGGCCAGAGGAAGCGGCUCAGCAUCGCUCUGGAGCUCAUCAACAACCCGCCAGUCAUCUUCCUGGACGAGCCCACCACGGGCCUGGACAGCAGCUCGUGCUCGCAGUGUGUGUCGCUGCUGAAGCUGUUGGCGCGCGAGGGCCGCACCAUCGUGUGCACCAUCCACCAGCCGAGCGCGCUCAUCUUCGAGAUGUUCGAUCACCUGUACACUCUGGCGAGGGGGAGGUGCUUCUACCAGGGCGACGUGGCGGGGCUACUGCCAUUCCUGGGGCAGUUUGGGCUGCACUGCCCGCCGUACCACAACCCCGCUGACUACUUGAUGGAUGUGGCUACGGGAGACUUCGGUGCUGAUGUAGGAGCCAUCUCAUUGGCUGCGGAGGGCAUGAAGAGAGAGAAGCUCAGGCCGGCGAUAGCGGGAAAGGAAGAACAGAACCAUGAGCAGAAUGGUUUCGAGAUGGUGCCGCUGAACGAUGACGAGCACUCGAAGGAAAGCGAGAACAGUUCGAAACUCGCCUUCUCCAAGCCAGCGUCCAUGUGGCUACAGUUCCUGGUUCUGUACAGGCGCAAGUGGACCGAGACGAAGAGAGACUACUUCCUGGUGAUGCUGAGGAUCAUGACCCACGUCAUCAUCGGCCUGGUGUUCGGCUACUUGUAUCGAGGCGUCGGCAGCCAGGGCAACACUGUGCUCGCCAACUACGUGUACAUGUACGGCACCGUGCUGUUCCUCAUCUACACCGGCAAGAUGCCCGUCAUGCUCAUGUUUCCCUUAGAGUUCCAGAUUGUCAUUCGAGAAUAUUUCAACAGAUGGUACUCAUUACCACCAUACUUGCUGUCCAUUACUCUGCUGGAGAUACCAAUUCAGGUGAUUUCGUCUUUGCUGUAUCUAGUCAUUUCCUACGUCCUUACGGAUCAGAUCAUGGACCCGCACAGGAUCGCAUUGUUCUUCAUUCUCUGCAUUGCCAGCAGCAUCUGCGCGCAAGGCAUCGGAUACUUUAUUGGCGUUGUGUUCCCGAUUAGGAUAUCUGUGAUGAUCGGCCCAACAAUCGCUGUUCUGUUCUCAAUGUUUGGCUUCAACUUAUUUUACCGUGACAUACCGUGGUCGUUGCGGUGGAUGUUUCACAUAAGUUACUUCCGAGCAGCAUUUCAGGGCUGCAUAUACUCGAUGUACGGUUACAACCGGAGCACUCUGGACUGCGAGGUGUUCUACUGCCAGUUGAAGUUCCCCUCCAAGAUCCUGGAGGAGCUGGAUGUGGGCACGGUGGACGUGUGGUCCAACUUCACCACCAUCGUGGUCAUCGCCGUCGUCAUGCACGUGGCCACCGUCGCCGUCGUCUGGUUCAGGCUGAACAAGCGGUGAGGAGUCGGCGCGCACCGCGUCUCGUGCCCCGUCUCGUGCCCCGACUGACUCGCUAGGGUCGUGCAGGUGGAACACAUUGGCUCCCGCGUUCCAGGAACACCAUCCGUCGUUCCAAGAUUCAACCUUACACUCAAGUGACAUUGUGUAUUUUUUUUUUUUUUUUUUUACAAAUAUUAGUUUUAUUUGAUGUAGUAUCUAUGCCAUCUGCAGAAAAACAGAAAAUGAAUAUCACUUAAAUUUAAAAAAAAGUGGUGGGUGUGACCUUUUGCAAAUAGGUAGUAGGCUUGACUCACACAGAGCUGUCAGGAGGCACCAGGGAGGAUCCGGUUCAAUUGCAGAAAAUUUUUUUCUGAUGGGAUAAAAAUUGCAAUUAAAUUAGAAUUCAUUGGAAACCUUACAUGUUACGUGAUACAAGCAGAUCAUGUUUAAAGUCUAUUUUUUUUAUUGUGGAUUUUGAGUAGUUUUUCGUAAGUUAAUGGUCUUUUCAAUGGCCCUGCAAAUACAAACAUCUGCUUCACGUUAUUGGACUACAGAUGACCCUCAGCCAGUUAUAAACAAUAAGACCAAUCACUUAAACCUAACCUGUCAAAAGAUGUGGCCUUGCUAUCAACCAAUGAACUCUAAAAGGGCUUGGUAGUACACAGGCAAGUUGAGACCAGACCAGAGUGAAAUGAACCUGCAAAAACAUUUUGGCUCUACUGAUAGGUUCAAAGAGGAAUGCGAUGAGCUCGUGAAGUGGGCGGAACAAUUAUUCUUGCCGCAGCUGUCUAGUGCGGUGAUGUGCACUACCAGCUAACAUUUAUUUACAAAUAGUGAUAAUAUGUCAUCACAAAUCAUGGUAGUUCCAAGAUAAUUAUUUAUACAGAAGAAAAAUCUAUAACAUGAAAGCAGAAGUCAAAUUAAUUGUAUUUUACUUUCAAUAAUUUUGUUUAUAAAAGUUUUUAUUAUAUUGUGCAAAUAUUUGUUGUAUUAUUUGUGUAAAUUUUUUUGCACGGUAUUCCAGUGUUAAAUUAUUAGUUCAUUAAAUUAAACAAAUGUAUGUAUCUCUCUUUUACAAUAAAAUCAGUAGUGUAUUAUUUGUAAGUGUGAAUGUAUGUUCGUUAUAUGUUUAACUUUUUUUCUAGAUACAAAGCCAUUAGGUAUACAUCUCAAUUUACUUAAGAAUGGAAUAGCAAAUGAAAGGAAAGAAUAUGAAAAAUAUAUCAGUUUUCAUUGUGAGAGUUGAAUGAAUUUAUAUUGUACCUACCUAAUUAUUUCUGGCUUAAUACAUUGAAAGUAUCCCAUGCCACUGCAGUAUCUCAUAGGUAUCUCUUGAACAUUUUAUACUUAAACAGAAAAUACUGUUUACUUGCUAUUAAUGAAACAAAUUAAAUAAUAUCCAGUUACUUAUGACACAAUAAUUUACCUAAAUUAUGUGAGAGUUAAAACCUUUUACUUGUUAAAUACUUUAGUUGUGACUGCCUGAAUAAUGAGGAUCUUGUGUGUGUAUGUUAUGUAAGUAAAUGGAAAAAGUUGCAUUUAUAAUUUUUAAUGAUUUGUUAGUUCAGUUAUAUUGCUUAAUUUAGUUUUCUUAAACUAAAUUGAUUAUCAAUAAUUCAUGAAAAAUACUGAGAUGGUUAAAAUUGUCUAUAUACCGUAUUUACUCGCAUAUAGGUCGCCAUCGCAGAUAGGUCGCACCCAUAAUUUGAUUUCUUGAAUUUUGUAUGCAAGAUUCUCCCCAUAUAGGUCGCACCGGUUAUUCAUUACCGCGCCGUGUGCCCUGUGCGGAGAAUGAUCAUUGUACUCUAUCAGCUGCUGUUACGGCGCGCCUGCUGGCUCUCUCUGUUCUCUGAGCUGCGCAUGCGCAGUAUAACUCUACGCUCCGCCCAGACUCGUGACCUUGCAUCAGCAGCCAGCCAAUAGAUGCGAGCUUAGCGGAAAAAAAUAUAAGCUCCACCUCCCGUGUACCAAUUUUGUCCAGUUCUAAUACCAGUUUAUUGGUAUACGCACCAGUUUUCUCGCUGCCGUGACAUGUUCAAGUUUACGUCCAUCUUGAUGACUUGAUACCAAUAAUUAAUUACGAUCCCCAGAAAUAAAUUGUUAGUUUAAAAAAUAUGUGUCAACUGUACAAUACUUCCGAAAUUAUAAAAUACGUAUAAAACAGUUAACAAGGCUCCGCUUAUUUUAUCUUGUGAAGUUUGUCUCGUACCAGUAUUUCGGCUAAGUUGUGACAUAAAUACAGUAUCAGAAAUUAACAAUCAGCCACGUUCGUACAUUCGUGAGUUUACGUUUUUCCCUCGUGCAUUUUAGAUUGUCUCCUGCUAUAAUUACUCGGACUUUUACACGCCUAGGCUUAAAUUAUUACAUGUUUAGAAAUAAAAGCAACUUUUCAUGUUAUAAAAUAUGUAUAUUUUGCGAUUUAAAAUGUUCAUUGCCGACUAUAAACGUUAUGUUUUUCACGAUGUUUUUAGGCCUACUAGCUAAUCUUAUCUACUCUUAAAGUACCCACGGUAUUUUCUGGUUGUUUAUGGUUGUUACGUGACGUAAAUAGCGGGAUGGAUUCGAUUUUUGAGUCGUAAUUUGCGUGAAAGUAUUGUAUUGGACUAAAUGGGAACAAACGGGACCUGAAGAAUAUAGCAUUAAUAACGGGAAAACGUAAAUAACGGUAACGUAAAUAAGGGGUUUCGCUGUAUGUGUACAUUGUAAAUAAAUUUGCCUAUACCUAAAUAAACUUCUUUUUCGCAUUUUCAAGCAAAAUAUUGCAAAAAAUUCCUCAAAAAUUUUUAAAAAAUUUUUCUCCACAUUUAGGUAGCACUUCAUUUCCCCCCCAUCAAAUCUGGUAAAAUUGCCGCGACCUAUAUGCGAGUAAAUACGGUAUCAUCGCUUAGCUAACAAUACCGCGUAAUUAACAUUUCAAUAACUUUACCGGAGGGUCAACAAACUGCUUACUUUCAAGUACGUGUAGUGUGUAUUCAAUGUAAUACUAUUUUUAUUUUAAAACCACAUUUUAAAUACUUUAUUUACUAUUAAGCAAGGGUAAUUAACUGCACUCCUUCUAUCAACUUAGCAGUGUCUGCUUUCUGUAUUUAGGCGGUUACAUUUUUGUGCAAUGGUGCUAUCUCUAGGAGUUUUUCCUUUAAAAUUGUACCGGUGGAUAUGAAACGUCCGAUAGAAUGUGUUUGAACAAAGAAGUCAACUUAGUUUAAAAAAAGCCAGUUUGGCGGUGGUGUUUGCUAAGCGACAAUAUUUAUUUAUUCCCCACCCAUAUAUUUUGUCAAUGCUUUUUCUCGACAUCCCUUAUUGUCUCUAAUGACCUCGUGUUCUGGGCUUUUCUAGCCCAAUCCAUUCCACUUUAAACAGUUCUGUGAAUUCAUCGGGAGAAGGGGGAUAAGUAAGUGUGACUGCAGUGGAAAUUGUUUUCAUGAGAAGUGGGGAGGUUUUUGUACAUACAACUUCUAAAGCUCUUGACAUUGUGUACAAACAUAUCAUUUCUUUCAUAUUGUUGCAACAGCAGACUAAUACUAUGCAAAGCAGAUUGCUUUUCAUGCUUGUCAUUUGUUUAAAAUCAAUUUCAAUAUUAGAUUAUAAAUUAUGUUGUGUAAUUUUUUGGGAAAUUAUGUGCACCAUUACUUUAAUUUGUUGAAUCAACUGUAAUGAGUUUCUUUAGUAUAAAAGAAAAUUUUGUCAUGACUAAAGUCAUGUAAGAAAUGUACUGAACUAUUACUUGUUUAAAAAAAAUCAUGUUUCAGUUGUGUUAUGUCAUAUUUGUUAACUCUACUGUAAUUAUAAUUAGUGUUCGGUUAGAAAAUUUGAAACUAUCAGUUUUCCUUCUUUUUUUCUGUGAGCUAGCAUUAUUCUCAUAUACCUACUCUGUACUUAGCAUUACUUUAGUUUUUUCAGAUCCUACAUCAUUUUUAACAAAAGCAAUCAUGGAAUUUUUUUUUUCAAAAGUAACGCUCAUGUUUAUUUGCCGUAGAGUAACUUGUUUUAAAUACUAUUGUACUGUAUAUUAAUUUUUAUUUUGUAUUCCCUUUUACACUAUACUGCCAUUCAAUAAUCCUGAAAAAUCACUAAUCCGUAGUCCCAAAUAUGGCAGAUUAAAGGGCCUUUACUGUAAAACUUCUUUCUAGCUUUCCUCUUUUACUCUGCAUCGUAGAAAAUAUUGAUUUACACUCGCAUAUUUUUUAUUUUUGCUCAUGGGAUGGUAAACUCAUAAACCGAAUACAAACUCAAACUAAGCACAUUGACUUGAGUUUGCUCAAGCAGGAAUAAAUGUAAGUUGUGUUGUUAUAAGAGGAUUUCUUUUACAGUGCACUGUGUCAGUUUCUUAUUUUCUACCUACUUGUUACAUGAACUAUGAAUGCUUCUUCACUUGUGUAUCAAGUUCCUUAGUCAUUUCAACCAAAGCAAUACUUUCUCUGUGAUUGAUGUUUUAUUGUAGGUAUAUGGUAAUACUUGGAAAUUUGUUAUAUAAAAAAUUCUCUAUUCAGUGUUUUUUGUUAUUAUGCAUAGUGAAAUAAAGUUUAAUUAGUAUAAGGUGCACAAGUUUUUAUUUCAUGUGCUUUUCUUGUUUUACCAAACAGAGAGCAGUCGUUCUUUAGAACUAUUUAUUUUUUAUCUGCUGGUUGUAGGAAAUUUUUUUGAUGGUAAGAGUUUGAUUGUACCUUCAAGGGGGUGAACAGCGGCGUAUUGAGAUCAAGGGUUUCGAAGGGUGUCACCACUCACCACCUCCGGCUAGCUCAAAUUGGUGAUGAGUGGAACAUACAGGUCGCAGGUCACGAAGAAAGAAAAAAUUUAUACAUAAAGUUCGAUGUAUUGCCUGUUUUAUUUAUUUAUGUAAAAUUUACACUAUAUUCCGGACAGAGUGCACAAAAAAGUUAAAACUGUACCUCAAAAAUAUGACACUGAGCCAUCGCCCGUGCACGGCCUGCUCGGCCUGCCGCCUGAACAACGACCGCUCGGCCCGGUGCUUGGACAAUGACUAACUUUACAGCCUUCCUUCUUUGUGCGGGCAGUGUCCUGGGCUCGCUGACGUAAUUUUCAGCCAAUCACGGCGCAUGGUAACAGAGGCUUCCACGAAAUGCUUACUUCUGUUCUCACGACGCAGCGAUUUUGUAUCUUUCUCGCACUCCCGUGACCGUGACUCACACGCCUAGCUUGUGAAACAAAGCCUCGGUCGGGGAAAAAAUGAAAGAAAAUCACGUCAGCAUGCCUUCCCACACAAAAAAGCCAGCAAAAAAAAUACUUGAAAUAAAAAUUUAUGCAUUUUAAAACUAAAAACAAUAAGCCCGGAGAAUUACAUUUACAAUAACUUUUAAAAAGGAAAACUUUAAAUCUAGGUAACCUGAAAUAUGACAAAAAAUUCAUAAUAAAUGAUUAUUGCUGAAUUGCAUGAGGAAGGCUGUAAUCUGGGUGGUUACAAGGGUGCCACCACGUGGAUGGGCAUGUGGCCCUGGCUAUGACUCUCACUCGGGGCCCUGAAGUGGCCCGCGUGGCACUAGGCUAGAAAUCUCCCCACAAACACAUCUGAUCAAUAUAUUUAUGUAUAUGGAUGGUAACUAAGUGGGCUAACCAGGCAUCCCACAUGCAUACUUCUUGCAGCUUAACUUGUGGUCACUCAAAUGAAUAACAAUAAAUCCAGGUGAGAGGAUUUUUAUUGAAUAUGACUUAACAAUAAAACCCAUCCAACAAACACUGAAGCUGUUUAAAUUAUGACAUGUUAUCAGUGUAUAGUGCUGACCAGGUAACCUCAUGUCCUGGUCUAUAGUUAAGAGUUAGCCUAAAACAGUCAAAACCUAUGAAGGAUUUAAAAUAAUUAGGGUAAAUGGUCCACCUCUUGGUUGCUGCAAAAUGUGGAUAUUUAGAUCAGUUUACCGAGCGAUGAUGGUGACGAGGUGGGAUGAUUGCUUCGGGCUCAGAGAAGCGAUGACCAUGGACUGAUGCUCCCCCUUAAUUGACCAUUAGUUCGGGGGGGGGGGGGGGGGGGGUUCCGAGCUCCCCCUGGAAUUAAGAAGCCCCUCGCUGAAGGGGCCCGAUUGCGUUUGCAAAAUCAUGAUAAAUAUAAACGUUAAAACUAUGUUUUAUGAAAAUGUAUGUAUAUUGAAGUUUCCUGCUUAUCGGAUGCAUACAAGUCAAAAUAUGGGCCGUAUACAAAACACAAGAACCGUAUCCAGAGAUGACUUGUGUCUGUUAAAACCUAAGUGCAAAUAUCUCAACUAGGCUGAAGUUGGAUUUAUUCCAGAUUUAUUUUCCUUCCCCUCAUUUCCCCCACCCGAAGAUGUGGGCGCAGCCAAGCGGUACAGCACUAAAGAUACAAAAUACAACACGUUCUUGUGUACAGCACUACACAUACAAAAUGCACCACGGAAAUAAAAGAAAUGCUCAAUGGUACAGUACUACACAUACAAAAUGCAACACUUUUUUGUACAGCCCAACACAUAAAAUGUGCAACAAGUGCUUGACUACCCAUACAAAAUGCAACAAACUGUACAACACUGCACAUACAAAAUGCAACACGAAAGGAAAUGCAAAUACCUUUCAGAACAUAUAAAGUGCAACACUGCAAUUGUGUUAGCUCUAUUCUAGUUGGAAAAGAAGUACAGCCAAACAAAA